UCUUUUUUUUUCUUUCUAUUUUUAACAUUUUUUAUUUUAUUUUAUUAUAUAUAUAUCUUACUCGAUAAAAUAAUCAAAGCAAAAACAGCUUUAAAUCUUUCUCACACUAUUUUUUUAUUACUUUUUCUUUCUUGUUUUCCGUUUCUUUUUAUGUUGUUGUAGUAACCAUGUCUAGUUUAGAUUUAGCAAAUGCUUCUCAUUAUACCCAUCACCAAUUCCACCCCUUCGAAACAAAUCCUGAAAACGAAGAACACAACGAUGACAACGGCGGCAGCCACCACUCCGAUGAUAUGGUCACUCGUCGGCCAAGAGGCCGACCACCCGGAUCCAAGAACAAGCCCAAACCACCGGUAAUUAUAACCCGAGAGAGCGCGAACACACUCCGAGCUCAUAUUCUUGAGGUCAGCAAUGGCUGCGACGUGUUUGACUCCGUAGCCAUCUAUGCCCGCCGCCGGCACCUUGGGAUCUGUGUUUUGGGCGGGAGUGGGACCGUCACGAACGUGAGUCUCCGGCAGCCGGCCAUGGCGGAGGGUGGUGGUGCGGUGGUAAGGUUACAUGGGAGGUUUGAGAUUCUGUCGUUGACCGGGUCGUUCUUGCCACCGCCAGCGCCGCCGGGAGCGACGAGCUUGACGGUGUUUUUGGGGGGAGGGCAGGGACAGGUGGUGGGAGGGAGCGUGGUGGGAGAGCUCGUGGCGGCGGGGCCGGUGGUUGUGAUUGCCGCGUCGUUUAGUAAUGUUGCCUAUGAGAGAUUGCCGUUGGAUGAGGAGGACGAGGAGGAGGCGGCGGUUCGGAUUCAGCCACCGGUGUCAGAGGUUUCCAGCGGCGGCGGCGGCGGUGGAUUUCUUGACCCAUCUUGUGGUCUUCCUUUCUUGAAUUUGCCUAUGGCUAAUAAUUGUCAGUUACCAGUUGAUAAUUGGGUCGGAAACUCAGCUCACUUGAUGAAUCCAUAAUGUUAUGAUGUUCACAUUUGCUUAUAAUUCGAUCUUCGCAACAUCUCUGACUUGGGUGAAAUACGCUUUUUUCUUUGAAUCAUAAAAAGGUCAGCAAGUUAAUGUUAUUACUGCUCAUGAUCAUGAUCAUGGUUCUUCUCUUAUCUUGAGUUGUUUUGUUUUUCUUCUUUUUAGACUUCUUGGGUUUUUUGUUGUAUCUUUAAUUUUCUUGAAAUAGUCUUCCUUCUGUUCUUCAUGGAAACUCUAUUCUUGUUAAGGACAUGGUUUCAGAC